AGUCAAUUUCCAAGCGUAGCGACAACAACGUCACUCAACGCGCCGUAUAAACAAAACAAAGUGCGAUAAAGUGACGAACCAUAGAAUUUUAGGAACUGUGUCGUCUUCUUCAGAUUUUCUUGGACUUGGCAUGUCGCGAAACUAACCAGUUUGUCGUACGCUGAGAAUAUCCACAAUUUCGGUUUCUUACGGACUUGCGUCGAGCCGUCAAGGGUUGUUUCGACGCAACCGCCCUUCGGAGUCCCCUCCACGUCGACGUCGCGGCGGCAGAAGGCACCGUGGCGCCGUGCGGUGCGUAUCUGAGGCAGCGUCUCCUCGAAAUUCAGCUCUUGCGGUAUGAAGAAUGAGUGUUUGGUUGAGUUGAGGUGACUUGUGCGAAAACGAUUCGCUUUGUGGUGCUAAGGUGAAGGGGUGAUGUCGCGCAGGAAGCAGGCCAGGCCCAUAAGGGUGCUAGAAGACGAAGAUGGACCACCGACGGGCGCUUAUCCUGCAUCAGUCCUCGACGGACCGAAACUACUGCCAGGCCUACCAAACGUACUAAUGUGUCAACGAUGCCAGGAACAGUUCACAGAUAUCCAGGAAUACCUAACGCACAAAGAAGAAUGCGACAGAAAAGCAGUCAAACACGAUGAUCCCGCCCAUUCAGAUCCUGAAGACAUGGUGGUGUCAGAAGAUGACGAAGAAGAAGAAGAAAACGGUGGGAAGAAGUUGGACAGGAUGCGAAGGCACAGACAAGACGCUGCCAACAAUAACAGCGUGGAGGAAAAUUCUCCAUCUCCCCCUGAAGAAAACUCCCCUCCUAUAGGGUUUCCUUUUGCUCCUGCUGUAGCAGGACACGUUACUCUCGAGGCUCUCCAAAAUACCAAAGUUGCCGUGGCGCAGUUCGCUGCAACUGCCAUGGCUAACAAUCCAGACAACGAGGCUGCCAUGCAAGAGUUAGCAGUUUUGCAAUCUACUCUAUUCACUUUGCAACACCAACAGGUCCUACAGCUACAACUGAUCAACCAGCUACAAAGCCAACUACAAAUCGAUAGGCCGAAAACGGUUGACAGUCCCGAAUCGUCACCUCCAAGUGAGCAUGAAGUUGUCAAAAGUGAACCUCCCCCAUCUCCUCAGGAAAUGGAGAAGUCGAGAGAACCUACACCGGCACCGGUAGAACAGCCGCCAGUCUCUCAACCUCUUCAGCCAUCCAGUAUGAUGUGUGAGAAGAUGACGGAGGCUAUUGCCAAUCAGCCUCUUCCGCCACAGAUUCAACCUCCAAUGUGUUCGAUCUCGUCAUCACUGGCAUCUUCGAUUAUCACGCAUAACACCGAAGCGCCGCUUGAUGAGCCUAACACCCUGGAGAUGUUACAGAAGAGAGCACAAGAAGUGUUGGACAACGCCAGUCAGGGACUUUUAGCCACGAACUUGGCUGACGAACUCGCAUUUAGAAAGAGCAAAGGGUCGUUGUCCCCGUAUGACUCCAAAGGUAGAAACGAGCCGUUUUUCAAACAUAGGUGUAGAUAUUGUGGUAAGGUGUUCGGUUCCGAUUCUGCUCUUCAAAUACAUAUCCGCUCCCACACGGGAGAAAGACCAUAUAAGUGCAAUGUUUGCGGUAGUCGAUUCACCACGAAAGGCAACCUCAAAGUUCAUUUCCAAAGACACAGUGCCAAGUUUCCGCAUAUCAAGAUGAACCCUAAUCCGGUUCCAGAACAUUUGGACAAAUAUCAUCCACCCCUAUUAGCACAGCUGGGUCAACAGUCAGCGUUAUCACCAGGAGGGCCAACUCAUCCACCUCACAUGGGUUUUCCACCAGCACAUCCUUUUCCUCCCAGUUCCCUGCCUCUAUACAGGCCUCCUAUCCCUCCACCAGAGAUGAUAAGCGCCAGUAGGCUUCUACCAUCACCUCAAAGACCUCAGGAUCCACACAGACUAUUUCCUCCUCAUCCGUUGUUCUUGAAGAGGGAAGAGCAAGAAGCUCCAGAAAAUCUUUCCAAGCCACCAAGAUCUCCAUCACCUCCUAGGAAUUUAUCCAACCCAGAACCUCAAAGUUCAAAAAAAGAAGAAGUGGAUCACCACAACGAUAGCGAAAUGUCCGAAUUUACGCCAAAAAAAGAAACGAACGAAGCCGAGAAUGAUACCGAACAGCAAGACGUCAGAUUCUCCUCACCAGGUGCUUACGACGAUUGCAGUUCGGACAGCGACAACGAGGAUAUGAACGAACGAAGAAGUCCAUCGGGUGAAGAAAACCAUGGUAACAUGCAAGAUGAACCGGAAAACCUAUCUCAUAGAGCUGGAAAUAGCAUGUCUGUUCCUUUGAGUAUAAGCACGGGUCAUAGGUUACCCGCCAAUUUUUCUUUUGGUCAAGGGAAUUCACCUCCGAGUAGUACCUCGUCAGGUAGUUUAGGUCAUUUUCCAACAACACCAAUGGCUGACAUCACCAAAGACCCGGCAAUCUACACCAACUUAUUACCUAGGCCAGGUAGUAACGAUAACUCUUGGGAAAGCUUGAUUGAAGUCACGAAAACUUCGGAAACUAGCAAACUGCAACAAUUGGUGGACAACAUUGAGCAUAAACUAUCAGAUCCGAACCAAUGUGUAAUAUGCCACAGGGUGUUGUCUUGUAAGAGCGCAUUGCAGAUGCAUUACAGAACGCAUACAGGUGAACGACCUUUCAGAUGUAAAAUCUGCGGAAGGGCCUUCACCACCAAAGGAAAUCUUAAAACGCACAUGGGAGUACACAGAGCCAAGCCGCCGAUGAGAGUGCUGCACCAAUGUCCAGUAUGCCACAAAAAGUACACAAACGCUUUAGUCUUACAACAACAUAUCCGCUUACAUACAGGAGAGCCAACCGAUCUCACACCAGAGCAGAUCCAAGCUGCUGAAGUCAAGGAUUUCCCUUCGCCGGGUUCUUUUCCUAGUCUACCGAACUCUAUGAACCCCUUCCUGAGUCAGGGCUUCAACGUUCCAGGGUUGUCUCCACUUGGUCCUGGACAUAUGCCGCUUAAUAUGAAAUACGAUAUGAAGCAAGAGAAAGAGGGAAGAUCUGAACAUGAGAGCAUGGAUGAUGAUGAUUAUGACGACGAUGAUAUAAGCAACUUCGACCAGAACAUGAGUCAGUUCUCGUCACCACCUCCUAGUGACCUACAACAAGGCCAAAAUGUACCUACCAGUAAUGCUAUGGCGUCGAAUCUAUCGACGAGUGGUCUCAGCUGUUCUGCUGAGGAUUUGUGUUCGAACAGGACUACCAACUCCACACCUAUGCAGAAUGGGGAAAAAUCUCCUAUGCAAUCUGGAGUACCAAGUCCUGGAAGCGCUGAUGUUAGAGAGUCUCCAAACCAUCAAGCUCCAAUAAUUCCCGUCCACCAGAUUCAAAGGCCGCCUUCUUCGCAGCCAGCUCCAAGUCCGACGCCUUCAGACUGCAACUCGUUAGGGGCUCUAGAUCUCACGCCACGUACAAACCAACCCUUACUGACAAGUCCUGGACCAAGUCCAGGUCCGGCUCCUUCGAUCUUCUCAGCGUUUGGGUUGCUUCCACCAGGUCAGAACAGUAGUCCGUUGAUGUCAUCGGCCUUGUCCUCGUUGACGUCUUCGGUUCUUACCUCGACUGCCUUUAGCCCUCUCAGGCUUGCUGUGGGACCUCCAGGACGAGGAAACACCACCUGUAACUUGUGCUUCAAGACUUUUGCUUGCAAUUCAGCACUGGAGAUCCAUUACAGAAGUCACACUAAAGAGCGUCCAUUCAAAUGUUCCGUCUGUGAUAGAGGCUUCUCAACGAAGGAACCCUGCAUGUGCAGGCAGGGGCGUAUCCAGGAUGAAGGAGAAGGGGCAGAAACUAAACGAAAAUCUGCCCAUCACAAGUCCAUACAUCCCUCAGUUUUUCCGCUACCCAUGACACCUGGAUACGCCUCAAACUGGAUACACAUGGCGGGAAACAUGAAACAGCACAUGCUCACCCACAAGAUCCGAGACAUGCCCCAACACAUGUUCGACAACAAGCCGCAGAGCGUCAAAGAGGAUUCCAUGCCUUCUUCACCUCAGAUUAUGAGAGAAGUGCCGCCUCCUCUGCCACCCCCGGUGAAGCAAGAACAACAGAUUCCCACGUCUGAACAUAUCGAGCAACCGCAGCAACAGCAACAACCUCCAGUCAAAAGGGAGCCUCCAGAAUCUGAGCUACCACUCCCCAAGAGACCUCCAAGCUUGCAGUCUAACAAGCAUUUAUGCCACGUGUGCAAUAAGAACUUCAGCUCCAGUUCGGCGUUGCAGAUACACAUGAGAACGCACACAGGAGAUAAACCCUUCAGAUGUACCGUCUGCCAGAAGGCCUUCACCACCAAGGGGAACCUGAAGGUUCACAUGGGUACCCAUAUGUGGAGCAACGGUGCGUCAAGACGAGGUCGUCGCAUGUCGCUAGACCUUCCGCCCAUUCCCAUGACGCCAAAGGAUUCCGAAUUUCUACAACGGAGGCCAGAUCUUUUUUAUCCGUAUCUGCCGGCCCCCUUCCUUAACGGUAUGCAGAAGCUGAACGAGAUGUCAGUGGUCCAAAACAACCAGAACGGACUGAACUUAGCCGCCAAAUACGGAAACCUCCUGAACUUCGGCUAUCCACCACCAGAGCCCCUCAGAUCUCAGAGCGGUUCCCCGGAAAGGGGCUCUGAAAGACCGCCAAGCCGCGAGGGCCCGGAGUCCCGGAGCCUGUGGGACCUGCACUUCGAACGGAAGGCAGCUGCCGACAACUCCAGAGAAGAUCUCCUCCCGGCAACAAGAGAAGGCCUGGCAGCGUAGACCACACCAGCCGUUCCUAAAUUAACUAGUCUUCAAAUGGAUUUGGGGCAAUGAUUACUGUGAUAUAUCAAUCAGCAACACUGUGUGACAACUAGCUUUUAAGUUUUCCGCAUGGGGGGACUCCAACGGAGAGAGAAUAUAUCAUCGUUUAGUUCGACCCACAAGAAUAUCAGAUAUUUUUUUUUGUCAAAGUUUCCAACCAUGCGUGAAGCAUCCUCUGUUUUGUGUCCACCAUAGUGUGCUGUUCUUAAUACUAGAGUUACUCUUAGGCCUAUACUUUGUAUUAUACUGAAAUAGCUAAAUGUAAAAUGUACAUUAGAUUCGUAACAAAAAUCGUUCGCUGUGUUAAGAAGUGCAUGAAGGGCGCCAGUAUUUAGCUUUACACCUUGUAUAUAAAAGAAAAAUUCGCAGGAUAUCUGAUGCACUGUACUAUUAUCAAAAGUUAAAUGUUGUCUAUGUGAAAAAAUGGACAUUUAUCAAGGACAUGCGGUUAUAGUUUGUAAAUAUCACAAUGUAUAUGAGACUGUUUAAUAUUAAUUGAUGUAUGCUUGACAACUACCCUUUUUUCCCAAGUACAAACCCUCACUUUUUUCCACGACCUCAUAUUCUGCUUGAUGCCUCAAUUUCCCUCAUUCACUACCCUAAAAAGAUUCAACUCGAAACUUAACCAUGGCAUCGAGCAGAACAUGUUCAAUAGGAAAAAAUAACGAAUUGUGUAAAUGUAAGUAAAUCUGAGAUGUUUUUAUUUAAGAAUGAAUGUACAAAUAUUUGUAACUGGUAAGUUGAAUUAUCUAUAUGUAUUUAUAAACUCGUAAAUGCCAGUUAAACUCUGUUUAAUUAUAAAAUAAAUAUUUAUCACAGA